UGCACUGCUAUCUACAGUCUCUCCAUGGUCUUUAUAUUCCAACUGAGCCUAAUCUUCCUCAGUUCUUCACUCCUAUUGAUUCCGUUGAUGUAUCUAUUGAAUUUGCUGGCCUCAAGUUUGAAAAUCCUUUCGGUUUGGCGUCUGCCACUCCCACUACUUCUAGUGCCAUGAUACGUCGAGCCUUUGAGGCCGGCUGGGCAUUUGCCGUCACAAAAACUUACACACUUGAUAAGGAUAUUAUAACUAAUGUGUCUCCUCGUAUUGUCCGUGGUACCACUAGUGGUCAUUUGUUUGGUCCUGGACAGAAUGCAUAUCUCAACAUAGAACUGGUGAGUGAAAAGACCUGUGCAUACUGGCUCCAAUCCAUCAGGGAAUUGAAGAGAGACUUUCCUAAUAAGAUUGUUAUUGCUAGUGUUAUGUGCGGUUUUUCUAAAGAGGACUGGACCAUUUUAUGCAAAGCUAGUGAG